AUGCCGCAUGGCAUUGCCUCUCGGCUUCACGCGCUUCACGUACUGAGACCUGGUCUGACGCUGGUCUUCUGGUUGCUGACCUCGCUUUGUGGAGCUGCGACACGGGCCGAAUUAGGUGCAGAUGGGGAUGCAGAGGUGCAGCUGCUUCAAACAAACACCCACUUGAGUGGUCACCUUCCUGGUGCUGAUCAUGCCUGCUCGGCUGGGUAUGGGCCGGGCAUGCACAUAGUCAAGCUCCUGGACAUCCAGAGACAGUUCCUCUUCCUGGUGCCGCCUGAGCUAGUUCAAAGCAGUUCCGGGGUCCCACUCGUCAUGUCUUUUCACGGGACCUAUGAGACUCCCUGGUUCCAUGAGAAGGAGCUCGGCCUUAUGCAGACACUGUCUCGCUACGGAUGGUUGGGCAUUUUGCCUUGGGGAACCACCGUUUUGAGUCCGUCCUCCAUGGGUGGAGUCAGGGAAUGCUGUUCCUCACUGUGCGACACAGACGAGUGCUGUCUGCAGGGCCGUUUCGUGUCCGAGAUAGUGGAAGCAUGCUCCUGGUGGCCCCAGAACUACGAUCGCGACGUCAAGUUCGUCGACAGCAUCUGGAAGUGGCUGGAGGAUCACACGUGUGCGGACAGGACGCAGGCCUUUGCGGCCGGUUUCAGCCUGGGCGGAACCUUUUCCUGGGGCUUGGCCUGCUCGCGGAGCCAUUACCUGCGCGCAGUGGCGCCCAUCGAGCCAUAUUCAUGGGGGGAUAUGCCGGACUUGGUCGACUUGACCACAUGCUCGGGUGCAAGGCCUGUCUCCGCGCUGAGCUAUGGCGGGACGAACGACACAAAAGUACGUCUGGACGUGAUGACCCUUCUGAUUGACAAGCGUGCGCAGCAAUUGGGAUGUGAGGGUGGAGCUCUGGAGCGUCUGUCUGCAACUGUGAGCUGCAAGUCUUGGUCGCACUGUGAUGGCGGACAUCUUUUUGAGUCCUGCUUCGUCGAGGGUGGGGUGCACACCACCUCAGGUCAUUUGAAACCAGACCAGGCGUUGCCUAUACGUCCGGGGUCUGACGUUGAUUGGACCAAGCGUACGUUUGAGCGCUUCUCGCUGCUAGUUGAGCCUAGCAAACUUCUCUUCUACGGCAGCCCAACUGAAGAACAGAUGCAAUACCACGAUUCGUCCUGGCCUCCUCCGACGCUCACAGAUCACCUGUACAUCCGACAUCCGCCCUCGGAUUCUUGA